AUAAACGGGAAGUAAACUUAAGUUAUAGUCAAAAUGGCGUUUUCUAAACAAUGUGAGUCGGAUGAAGUUCAUGAGAUGCACUGUGAACAAUGUGAAGAAUUUGGAGAAAAUGCGGUCGCUGAAGGUUUUUGCAAAGACUGUUUGGAAUAUAUGUGUAAGUCAUGCUUAAAAUAUCAUGCACGGCAAAAUAGGAAACAUAAACUACAGGACAGCAACGCUAUGCCACAAGAUUUUUGCUUUGAGCGGUGUUCUGUUCACCCAAACAAGUUCAUCAGGUUUUAUUGUGCCAUUUGUGAAACAUUUGCCUGUACUGAGUGUAGAACAACUGUCCAUAAUACGUGUACUGAUAUUGGCCAUGUGCCAACAAUGGCAAGAGAAGUAGAAAGCAGUGAAGAACUUAAAGAAUUGUUGAAAGAAAUUGGUUUCAUAACUAAAGAACUAGAAAAUACAAAGUCUGAACUGAAUACAAGCGUUGAUAAGGUUCACAGUCAAGGAACACAGACCAAGGUAGCGCUAGAAAAGAGAAAAGAACAAAGGAAAGUGCGUUUAAAAGAUCAGAAACAAAACCUAGUUGCAUACUUCGACAGAUAUUUGAAGGAAGUCACAACAAGACUUAAACAAGAAUCCCAGGAAAAGAUAGCAUAUCUCACAAAAGAACAAAAUAAAUUUGAGAAAGAACAAACUGAAAACGAGAGAGAAAUGUCAGAAAGCUUAGAGAAGACAACUAAGGGAAAUAUUCUAAAAUUACAAUCACUUUUAGCAAAAGGAGUAGCAAUUUAUGACAACAUGAAAACAAUCGUGUUUGACCUAGACCAGCAACAGAAAAUAGGCCAGCGAUGUAAACUAUUCAUGACAUUAAAAUCAUCUAUGAAGGUAAUGAAAAGAGAAAAGCUGAAAAUCAACAAAUACUUAAAAGAUACCUCAAAACCAUUCGAGCAAAACUUGCCAACACAGACAAUGGAAAAUGCAAGCAAAUGUGAACUACCGUUUAUGCUGAGAGCUACGGCCUUUCCAGGAAACCUUGAAGAUAAAAUUGAAAAUACUGAGGAGAUGAAACGUAUGCGGGACUUACUAAGAGAGAGACGUUAUUUACUUCUAGAUACUAAGGACGAUGUAUAUGUGGACAUCAUAAAGAAAAACAUCCUUUCAGAAACAUUUGGUAUCGCUCCUGUGACGAUUUUCGGCAGUGCUUUCAAAGGGGACGAUUCUCAG